UCAGGGUGUAUUAAACUCGAUAAGGUACUUAUAAUCAAGGUCAAACAGUAUUUAGACCUCUAUUAUUCCUUUGUUUUCUUCAUCAACGUUAGCAUGAAGAUUUUAACAGCUGCUCUCAUACUCUCAUUCCUUGGCCUGAUUGCCGGGGAAGCUUGUGUCAGCAAGUACCAAUGUAUUGAUGUGGGGUGUAUUCAUCACACUACCCUCACCUGCCAGAACAACCUGUGUACAUGUACUCCAAUAACUGACGUAUACAGGUGUCUUUCCCCCGGGGACUGCAGACGACACACUGGCGUAUGUUAUACAGAAUGGGAAUGCAUUCAGGAACAAUGCCGUUGUAAAUAAAUCCACACAUCUGUAAAAAAGUCAUUUUUUCAAG